ACUCGACAACGGAAGAGAACUUUCAAAGAAUCACGAGCCAGGCGGGAAAGUUGGUUAUUCGUUCUGACCAAUCAAUUCACUCGUGUAGCAACGCCGCUGCGGAGUGUCUACAGCGGAGAGGGACGAGGAAGCGAACAUAUUAGUCUAUAAAGAUAAACGAGUUAUUUUUUUCUUCAAAUUUUAUACCGAAGGAGAUACUUCAGCGUAAACCAAGAACGAUGACUGGUUCGAACGAGUACAAACUGAACCAGGGACCAGAGGACAGUAUCUCUGCUGUGAAGUUCAGCCCCAGUACAGGCCAGUUCCUUCUAGUGUCCUCUUGGGACUGUACUGUCCGGCUCUACGAUGUGGCAGGCAACUCCAUGAGGAUUAAGUAUUCUCACCUGGCACCUGUGCUGGAUUGUGCUUUCUAUGACCCAACACAUGCCUGGAGCGGAGGCUUGGACACGCAGUUGAAAACCCACGACUUGAAUACAGAUCAAGAUACAAUAGUUGGGACACACGACGCCCCCAUUCGCUGUGUGGAAUACUGUCCAGAGGUCAACGUCAUGGUAACAGGUAGCUGGGAUAGGUCAGUCAGGCUGUGGGACCCCAGGACCCCCUGCAACGCUGGCACCUUCACACAACCUGAAAAGGUGUACACCCUCUCUGUGGCUGGUGACCGGCUGAUAGUGGGGACAGCAGGGAGGAGGGUGUUGGUCUGGGACCUGAGGAAUAUGGGCUACGUCCAGCAGAGGAGAGAGUCCAGUCUGAAAUACCAGACACGAGCCAUCAGGGCCUUCCCUAACAAACAGGGCUAUGUCCUGAGCUCCAUAGAAGGACGUGUUGCUGUGGAGUACCUGGACCCCAGCCAGGAAAUGCAGAAGAAGAAGUACGCCUUCAAGUGCCACCGGCUGAAGGAGAACGGCAUAGAACAGGUCUAUCCCGUCAACGCCAUCUCCUUCCACGGUGUCCACAACACCUUCGCCACAGGUGGCUCAGACGGCUUUGUGAACAUCUGGGACCCUUUCAACAAGAAACGCUUGUGUCAGUUUCACCGCUACCCUACGUCUAUCGCCUCCCUGGCCUUCAGUAACGACGGCUCCACGCUGGCCAUCGCCUCCUCUUACAUGCAGGAGCAGGGAGACAUCAGCCACCCGGAGGACACCGUCUUCAUCCGUCAGGUCACAGACGCAGAGACGAAGCCCAAGUGAGUCGGGACAGUCCUCCUCUCUGAUUCACACGAUGGGGCCCGGUCUGAUUCUGAAACUGUGCUGCCUCGGGUAGCUUCCUUUCAGCACUGUUAGCUACAGCAACCACGACACAGGAUUUACUGCAUGGGUGGUCCAGCCCAGUACAGCGCGGCUCGGCCCUAUAGUGUGAAGCAGAGCAUCCGGUCCACAUCCCGGUGGUCUUGUCUGGACUUCAACGCCACACGGCCCCUCACACUUUUUUGGUACAUAUGAAUGGCAGCAUUGACCAGGAGCAGGCAGCUGGUAUUUAUCUGGCCAUCUAGCUCGCUCUCUCUAGCUCUCUCCACCUUUUUCAAUAUCCCCGUAGUUGACGGACCGAUGAGGACUUGACAAAAUGGCUGCCUCCUGAUCUGUUCUCUAGCUCUCUCCACCUUUUUCAAUAUCCCCGUAGUUGACAGACCGAUGAGGAUUUGACAAAAUGGCUGCCUCCUGAUCUGUUCUCUAGCUCUCUCCACCUUUUUCAAUAUCCCCGUAGUUGACGGACCGAUGAGGAUUUGACAAAAUGGCUGCCUCCUGAUCUGUAUCUGGAUGUGUGGCUCCAGGAGAGUCCUGAAGACAGCUGAAUGGAUCCAUCUAUACAAAACAACCUUCGCUGACCUUUUCAUCUGCCUAUAUUUGUUGGAUUUAAAGUUUAUUUUUAAUUUUUUUACUGUUCCCAUUUAUUUGUACUUUAAAAAUGAAACGUGUGUUUUAUUAACAAAUGUAGAAGGACUACACCCAUGUGCUUUCAGUUGUAUGUAGCCCCCACCCCUCUAAACUGGUGAAAUUAGGUUGUAUCUAGCCCCCGCCCCUCUAAACUGGUGAAAUUAGGUUGUAUCUAGCCCCACCCCUCUAAACUGGUGAAAUUAGGUUUUGUCUAGCCCCCGCCCCUCUAAACUGGUGAAAUUAGGUUGUUGUGUCUAGCCCCACCCCUCUAAUAAACAGGUGAAAUUAGGUUGUCUAGCCCCUCCCCUCUAAUAAACAGGUGAAAUUAGGUUUUGUCUAGCCCCCGCCCCUCUAAACUGGUGAAAUUAGGUUGUAUCUAGCCCCACCCCUCUCAUAAACUGGUGAAAUUAGGUUGUGUCUAGCCCCGCCCCUCAUAAACUGGUGAAAUUAGGUUGUAUCUAGCCCCACCCCUCUCAUAAACUGGUGAAAUUAGGUUGUUGUCUAGCCCCCCCCGCUAAUAAACUGGUGAAAUUAGGUUGUAUCUAGCCCCACCCCUCUAAUAAACAGGUGAAAUUAGGUUGUAUCUAGCCCCGCCCCUCUAAUAAACUGGUGAAAUUAGGUUGUAUCUAGCCCCUCCCCUCUAAUAAACUGGUGAAAUUAGGUUGCUGUGUCUAGCCCCUCCCCUCUAAUAAACUGGUGAAAUUGGGUUGUUGUAUCUAGCCCCGCCCUCUAAUAAACUGGUGAAAUUGGGUUGUUGUAUCUAGCCCCGCCCCUCUAAUUGCAUCACUCUUCUCAGACCAAUUGAAAAGGAGUAAGGGCUUUUUCUGUAAUGACAUGACUACUGAUUUGUCUAAAGAGUCGGAUAAAGACUAAAGACAAAAAUCCAAUUUGUUGCGGUAAUGCAUUUUCCAAUAAUCAAUAAAGACAUGUUAAUGACUCCAGAGAUCCUGCUCCAGCAGGUGAAUUGAUGUCAGAGCGGAGAAUUACGGUUUCCACGUCCCUGUGAUGAGAUGCAGUACUAUGGGACCCACUACUUCACAUGGGUCGCUCACCAGCAGUUGGCAGAGCAUAAAGACAGGAAACUCUCAGGACCCUGUUUCUCUCUCUCUGUUUCUGUUUCUCUGUCUGUUUCUCUGUUUCUCUGUCUCUCUCUGUUUCUCUCUCUCUCUGUUUCUCUCUCUCUCUGUUCUCUCUCUCUGUUUCUCUCUCUCUCUCUCUCUGUUUCUCUCUCUCUCUCUCUGUUUCUCUCUCUCUCUCUCUGUUUCUCUCUCUCUCUCUCUGUUUCUCUCUCUCUCUCUCUGUUUCUCUCUCUCUCUCUGUUUCUCUCUCUCUCUCUGUUUCUCUCUCUCUCUCUCUGUUUCUCUCUCUCUCUCUGUUUCUCUCUCUCUCUCUGUUUCUCUCUCUCUCUCUCUGUUUCUCUCUCUCUCUCUCUGCCUCUCUCCCUCUCUGUUUCUCUCUCGCUCUCUCUCGCUCUGUUUCUCUCUCUCUCUGCCUCUCUCUCGCUCUCUCUCUCUCUGUUUCUCUCUCUCUCUGCCUCUCUCCCUCUCUGUUUCUCUCUCUCUGUUUCUCUCUCGCUCUCUCUGUUUCUCUCUCGCUCUCUGUCUCUCUCUUAAAGUGAAUUACAGAAGUCCUUAACAAGGUUUCAUCCCUGUCCCUCUCCGUAUCAUAACAGAUGGGGUCGACCAUUCAUUCAUAGAUUACAAAGCUGAAUUGAGCCAGAAGCUGCUGUUUUUCCCUUCUUCAGUUGUCUGGUUUCUAUCCAUAGUGAAGGAGGCAGUUGAGGGAAAUCUCUUAAGGGACUUCAGUACUAAGUAACCGCCAUUUUGAUAUUCUGUUCCAGUCUGCUUAAUUGAUUUGAUUCUAAGACGGGGCUGUGUGUUUAUACCCAGGUCUUUAAUUGAUUUGAUUCUAAGACGGGGCUGUGUGUUUAUACCCAGGUCUUUAAUUGAUUUGAUUCUAAGACUGGGCUGUGUGUUUAUACCCAGGUCUUUAAUUGAUUUGAUUCUAAGACGGGGCUGUGUGUUUAUACCCAGGUCUUUAAUUGAUUUGAUUCUAAGACGGGGCUUUGUGUUUAUACCCAGCUCUUUAAUUGAUUUGAUUCUAAGACUGGGCUGUGUGUUUAUACCCAGGUCUUUAAUUGAUUUGAUUCUAAGACGGGGCUUUGUGUUUAUACCCAGCUCUUUAAUUGAUUUGAUUCUAAGACUGGGCUGUGUGUUUAUACCCAGGUCUUUAAUUGAUUUGAUUCUAAGACGGGGCUGUGUGUUUAUACCCAGGUCUUUAAUUGAUUUGAUUCUAAGACGGGGCUGUGUGUUUAUACCCAGGUCUUGAAUUGAUUUGAUUCUAAGACGGGGCUGUGUGUUUAUACCCAGGUCUUUAAUUUGACUGCAUUAGGACAGGGAACAGAAAGGAAGGGACUUUCCCAAGUGGAGUGUGAUGGCGGAGUUGGUUUCUCUCUCCACCGCAGUCCUUUUGAAUGGCUUCUUCUCUAGCCAAGUUGACUAUUAACCCCCCCCACAAGUGGGGGAAUUAAUGUUGGAAGAUAUUAUUCUGGGUCUGCCCCCCCCCCCCCCCCCUCUAAAGUCUCCACGUCUCUCUGAAGUCUGUUUAACUUCUGUCCCCCCCACCCUAAAGUCUCCACGUCUCUGAAGUCUGUUUAACUUCUGCCCCCCCCCCCCCCCUAAAGUCUCCAGGUCUCUCUGAAGUCUGUUUAACUUCUGUCCCCCCCCCCCCCCUAAAGUCUCCACGUCUCUCUGAAGUCUUAACUUCUGAAGAUGAUAUUCUGGACAGUAUAUCCCAUCAAUGGAUCCCUCAUUUUACAUGCUGUCCUGGUUUUACUGUCUGUUUUCUCCAGAUUUCCUUUUAAAUCGAUUUGUCUUCAUUCUUUUACAACGUGUUGUUAUUCUGUCUCCUUUUUGUAGGUAAUUCUUCUUCUUGUGUUUUAUUCAAGCCAACUGUUUGAGGUUUCUCUUUUUUCCCCAUAAAGUAAUUAAACAUUUACCAGAUGUAGAUGGGAAACAUUAGUGGUUUUUAUCAUUCUGUGGAAUUCAGCUGUCGUUGCAUUGAAGCAAAAAACUGUUUUGAAAUAAAAUAAUUAAAAUA